AUGGCGGCGUCCACAUCGCUAAUGUUGGCAAUAAACAUCGAAAAAUUUGACCACCAAAAAGGCUGUCAGCUGAUGAGAGUUACUCCAACCUCAUCAACAGCAGCUGACAUUUUUAAAGAGCUUCAUGGGCCGGUGGAUCCACAACGAUAUGGGGUUAAAUUCGUUGUGGGAACUUCGCUGGAAGGGACAUCUUUCUGGGAGAUUGACGGUUGCAUCCCAUUGUUUGAGGUUUCGGCGUUUGGUGUGAAGGUCCUCAAAAUGACAUGUACUACCUUACCAGAGGGAAUAUUGGCAUCUUCCCUGGAGAAAAUUUCGAACGAAGCAACAAAGAAAACCGUUGAUGCCUUCCAGGUGUUAAUGAUGAAGGGGAAAGCAUUGCCCACAAAAAAAGUGGCAAGCUCUGGAGUACUGACGGGACUUAACCGGAAAGAUGAGUUGUACAAUGCCAUAAUAGACCUGUGA